CUUUGUUCUAUGGGAUUGUGCCUGUAUUGGUUGCAUCAGUUCUCUCUGGUUUAGCUUCAUCCUUGUGUCAAUGGGCUUCUCAUGUUUGUUACAAAUUGUUGGCAUCAACAUUUUUAUUCAUUGGACAUGCUACAUUACCAUUUCAUUUGGUCACAGGUCAAGAAACACUCGGCAUACCUCAUGAAAAUUGAGAUGUCGAUUAUUGGAAGCCUGUCAGUGCUUAUUCGUUAGCAUGACAAAGUCUCCGGAUGGUGAAGCAAUCAGGAAGUUCGGAUUUUUUCAUGACUGGACUUCAUUAACCUUGGUAAUUUGUGUAGCUCGUUGAUAUAGUAACUUUUUCUAUUAUAGUUGUGACAAACAAGAUGUUUGGUAGCAUUGUCUGGUGUGCUUACAGAACUUUGAGGUAACAUUAAUCUCAUUGAAGUGUUUAGGGGAUGAGUUGUGACGUGUCUUGUGAAAUUUUCUAAUGUGUGAUCCUUCUACAAUUUGAUGGUUGGCUCUAAGAAUUCUUUUGGUUGCUAUUAUUUUAUAGAUUCCUGUUCUAGCUAACGCCCUUGGUGGAAUUCUCGUUGGCCUUGUCACAAACCAAGCCGGAGGCGUCAGAAAGGUAAAAACAUAACUGAUGAGACUGUAUGGUUAUGGGAAUUUUGUGCUUGGAACUGAUAUUGGAAAACCCAGUGCUUCUAACUCAAAGCAAGACUGGUUUCAGAGAGUUUGAAACCAGAGUUUUUUGGAUUAGUCGAGCAUGUAUUAUGAAUGACUUUGCUGGAGUUCAUUGGAGUACAGAAGCACAUUUCCUACUUCCAGAAUCUAAUAAGCUAGCAUUGGAAGCAAAUUCUGGGUCACGUUCUCUCUUGCUUGUAAGCUUUGAAAAUGUUGUAGGAUACUAUCAACUGGCGAAGAUACUACUACAGUCACUGUAUGCUUGGGAUAACGAGUAUGGAAGAGACGAUUGUAUGUGUUUGCUUUUCUUUUUGCUCAUCAGACAUUAUGAGUAAGGUUGCAUGACAAGUGGCAAAAACAAUCCGGUUAUGUCUUGAUAUCCAAUUUGUUUCUAUGGAAUAGCAGUUUGCAUCUUGUGGUUAUUUUUCAUGUAGUAUGUUGAUUGUAAUAUAUAGUGUUUGUCUAUCACUUGACAAAUUUAUGUUUGAAACAUAGGGUCUAAUUGAAGUUUUUUACUAUGUUUUGUCAGGAGGUAUGGGAGUUAAUGGAUGUUGCAGCUACUCAAUAACAUCUCGUAGAAGUAUAGAUCAAAUAUUCUAAUAACUUUUGAUCAUGUGUAUUUGAUUUUCAUUAUAUCGAUAUUUCAUCAACAAUAACUAGUCUUUUCAAUUAUGUAUUAAUUAA